GUAAAUGGAAUUUUUAAUUUCAGGUGAUCUGAAGACAUUUUGGACACAAAUGGAAGACAGAAGAGUGGACUUUAUAUUUGAGCAGGUGCAAAAGGUGCUGCUGUUGCUGAAGCAAAAGAUCAAGGAUGGAACUGCCACAAACCAAGAUUGCUGCCAGGCAUGGACUCUGGUGAAUCAAGCUAAUCUAAGUGAUCUCUUAACCUCAACAAAAGUGAGUAAUGUAUUUGAUGGACAUGAUAUACAGGAAAACGAGCCCAAACAGCAAGCUGUGCUUAGAGAUAACAAUGCCGAAAACUCAGUAGAAAGCUGUCAUAGCAAAAAGGAGCAGAAGGAGAAAUCAGAUUCAGAGAAUGAUGAAGCACUUAGUGAAGUAAAAAAGUUACCUCUAAAACUGCAGUAUCGGAGUCACGAGUGCUCUAGUGCCUGUCUUGCCAAGAGACCACUGAACUCCUACAAGGGUGAAAAUCCUCUUAAGAUACCGGUUCUGUUUCACUUCCAAAGACGACAUGCAAAAGCUGACUGCCUCUCAAAAUCAUUGGAUGUGAAUUACAGAGCUCCCUGUGGAAGGAGUCUGAAAAGCUUUCAAGACGUGCAGCGUUACUUGUUUGAAACAGAGUGCAAUUUCUUGUUUGUUGAUCACUUCUCUUUCAACACAUACGUACUGUUAAGCCGGAAUACUGUAAAUCCCAACCCGCUUGUGUUCGAGUUUGACAUUAGCAAUGGAGCCGAGUCUGUGCCUAUUUCCUUCUCAAACAAUAUUGAUCGUGCGAGAUUACCCUAUUUUAAAUAUCGGAGGGCAUCAUGGCCACGUGGAUAUUAUCUCAACAAUUUCUCCAGCAUGUUUGUUGACUCCUGUGAUUGUACAGAUGGCUGCAUUGAUAGGUCAAAAUGUGCAUGUCUGCAGCUAACCGCAAAAGGCUGUAGUAAAAUUUCUCUAUCUCCAAAUACUAAAACAUCUUGUGGAUACAAUUAUAAAAGACUGGAGGGACCUGUUCCUAGCGGAAUUUAUGAGUGUAGUGUGUCAUGCAAGUGUGACAAAAUGAUGUGUCAGAACAGAGUUGUGCAGCACGGCAUCCAAGUUCGGUUGCAAGUGUUCAACACAGAGAAGAAGGGCUGGGGUGUCCGCUGCCUGGACGAUAUCGAUAAGGGCACGUUUGUUUGUACUUAUGCAGGCAGAUUAAUGAGUAGAGCUGAAGUUCAAGUAUUGCGAGGUGCUGAUCAAGAGCUGAAAGAGCAAGGGGCUGUGAAUGACAGAGGGCACAGCUUUUUUCCAAAAAAAAGAAAACUUGACAGUGGUUGUUCAGACUCUGAGGUUGAACUAGUGCAGACUGACAAAGAUCACGUUCUUGAGAAGCAGGAGUCUUUGUCUCAGACUGUGACAGAUGAAAAUAAAUCAACUGUGGUUUGUCCAGGGAAUCUGAAUAUAGCAGGCACGAGAAGGUCUGGAUCUAGAAUAGCUGUUCUUCACAACUGCCAGCUAGAAAUGGAAGUUGAUACCUUGGUGCACAGCGCCAGCUCAGAUGAAGAUAACAGUUAUCAGCCUCACCAGUCAAGCACAACAAAACUCACCUCUGGAACAAAAAAAGGAAAAGAAAAGUCUGAUGAGCAGCAGAAGGAAGAGUAUCCGAUGCAAACUGGAGAGAUGGAACUCGCUGGUGAGGAUGGUGCAGAAGGCAAAGGGAAGCCCCUGUCUCAGGAGGGUGCUGCCUGUGGCCCGUCAGCUGUGCUGGAUGAUGCUCAUGCUGUGAGGCAGUCCAAAAACGUGCCGCAAAAAGCUGACUGCGCAGAGGAAAGAUGCAGGCAGUCAAAACAAAAGGCAUUUUGUGAGGAGGCUGAUGAUGACAAGGCACUUCUGAAGAAUGCGAAUGACGAAAAUAUUUAUGUACUGGAUGCCACAAAAGAAGGAAAUGUGGGUCGUUUUCUUAAUCACAGCUGCUGCCCAAAUCUCUUUGCACAGAGUGUUUUUGUAGAGACUCACAACAGAAGUUUCCCAUGGGUGGCGUUCUUCACAAACAGGCACGUGAAAGCCGGCACAGAACUCACGUGGGACUACGGUUAUGAAGCUGGGAGCUUGCCGGAGACAGAGGUUUCCUGUCAGUGUGGAUUUCAGAAGUGCAGGAAAAAAACCUUGUAA